AUGUACCAAGCUGAAAGCAAUAUAGAUUGCAAACAGCCCAUAACCAAACUCAUGGCAGUCAGUGUAAAGCCUUUAAUGCCAUAUCAUCUGUACAGUCAGAUAAUAAAUAAGCUGGAAGAGGGGAGACUGAGUGCCAUUCCAGGGCGGCAUGUUGGCUUCUCAUUGCCCUGGUGCUGCCAGGUCAUCAAGAGUGAUAAUGGGUCAGAGUUCACAGCUGAAGUGAUCAGUGAGCUAAACAUCAUCUGGCCCAAACUUGCCCUCGUUCAUGGAAAGCCUCGACAUCCACAGAGCCAAGGAUCGGUGGUUGCAUGGUUGGGAGACAACAACACCACGGAUUGGAGCAUUGGAAUCAAGUUUGUCCAGAAGAUUUCCAGCUUGCAUGCAGGUAUUCGCAGAUCACCCAAUGCAGCUAUGUUUGGAUGUGAAGCCAAAGUGGGCCUGACAUCGUCCUCACGGCCUGAUGAGGUAAUUCAAAGGAUGCAGUGUGAGGAGGAUCUGUUAGCUGUACUCACCACCGGUCAAAACGGAGAGGAACCAGGUCCUGUUCCCAGAGCUAAAUCAGCUGAAGUUCACUUUGAUACGGAACCCGGCGAACCACUUGAUAAUGCUGCUGUCCCUAUUCCACUGGUUGAUAGGGGUCGAGGUGAUCCUCGGAACAUUCUCGGUGUUGUCUGGGAACGUGACCAAAAUGACAUGUACACCACUGGAGUUAAGGCAGGAGUUCUGAAGGCUAAUAAAGUCUAA